AUGCUCGUUAUUACUCCUACGGCUACUACUACACCUGUGUUUACUGCCGCUUCUACAAAUAUCGCCACUGCGGCCCCUACGCUUCCUAUUCUUGCUAUCCACUCCGUCCUUGCUGCUCUCGCCAUUCCAGCUGCUCCUGCUGUCCUCGCUGCUCCUGCUCUCGCUAAUUACGCUCCUACUAUUUCCGCCCUUACUGCUCUUACUCCUGCAGCUUUUACUCUUAAUGCGCCUACUCCUACGGUUACUGCUCUUAUUGCUGCUACUCUUAAUGCUCUAGCUCUCACUGCUAUUGCUCUCGCUACUCUCGCUAUUCUUGCUACUACUACUGUCCCUGCUGUCGCCAACCUCGCUUCUAUCGCUAUCCUUACUGCGACCACUCUCCCUGCUCCUAUUAUUUUCGCUGCUUGUAACACCCUCCUUAUAUACACCUCCGGCUACUGCUAUUGCUACUGCUACUCUCCUACUUUCGCUAUCCUCGCUACUCUUACUGUCCUUACUAUCCUCGCUGUUCUUACUAUCCUCGCUGUCCUCAUUAUCCUCGCUGCUUCCGCUGUCCUUACAAUCCUCGCUGUCCUCGUUGUCCUCGCUGCUUCCGCUGUCCUUACAAUCCUCGCUGUCCUCGUUGUCCUCGCUGCUUCCGCUGUCCUUACAAUCCUCGCUGUCCUCGUUGUCCUCGCUGCUUCCGCUGUCCUUUCUACCCUUACUGCCCUUACUAUCCUCGCUGUUCCCGCUGUCCUUGCAAUCGCUACAAUUAACUUAAUAGUUAAUUCCCUUGCCGUUCGCCCCUUUCUUGCGCUGCCCUUGUUGCUCUUACUGUCCUCGCAAUCAUCGCAAUCACCUUAA